AUUGACACGUUUUAAUUUACAAAGACAAUAUCAUUUUGUUUGUUAAUUUUGAGGUUAUGCUAGUAUUGUUGUUUUGAAAAUUGUGAUAUUAAUUUCUAUGUUUCAUAAGUUUGCCUUAUUUUCUAUGCAUUAACUUAUUUGCAAGCAGAAGAAUGUCUUCAAACAAACGGCCGUCUAGCCCUGAAAACACUGAAAAUGCUAAAACAGAAGAAGAGGAAGAAGGUGACGCUUGGAUUGGACCGAUGCCUUCAGAGGCUACCACCACCAAACCUAAAAAGCGUAGAGUGCUGGAGUUUGAAUCUCUCUACAUCGAGAAUCUUCCAUCAUCAGAGACCUAUGAGCGCAGUUACAUGCACCGGGAUGUAGUCACCCAUAUCGUUGUCACCAAAACUGACUUUGUCAUCACGGCCAGCCAAGAUGGCCAUCUCAAGUUUUGGAAGAAACAGGAGGAAGGCAUAGAGUUUGUGAAGCACUUCCGGGCACACCUGGCCAGCAUCAGCGAUGUGGCCACCAACAGCACGGGCACGCUGCUCUGCACCGCCUCCCACGAGAAGGCCAUAAAGAUAUUUGAUGUUGUUAAUUUUGACAUGAUAAAUAUGCUAUCAAUAGACCUGGAGCCCCACUGUGCGGAGUGGGUACACUCUGCAGGCGACCCCAUCGCCGCUCUAGCUGUAUCAGAUAAGAACAGUCACAAGAUCUACAUAUACGACGCCAUGCAGUCGUCGGGGAGCCCCAUGCACAUAUUCGAAACAUUACAUCAAAAGACAGUGGCCACAAUCAGAUAUAACCCGGUGUUUGAAACAGCCGUCUCAGUAGACAAAGCGGGAAUCGUCGAAUACUGGACGGGGCCGAAGCAUGAGUACAAGUUCCCGGAAGACAUUGUCAAGUUCGACUCGAAAUUGGACACGGAUUUGUUUGAUUUCGUCAAGAAUAAGACGUAUCCCACUUCGCUGGCGUUCUCGCCAGAUGGAAAGAAGAUGGCGUCUAUUAGUUUGGAUCGAAAGGUCCGUGUGUUCCACUUCCUGUCCGGUCGCCUCCACAAGGUGCUGGACGAGUCGCUGGCGCGCUUCCAGGAGCUGCAGCAUCAGGCGCAGCAGCUGCCCAACAUGGAGUUCGGGAGGAGAAUGGCAGCCGAACGCGACCUCGAAAAGUCCGACGCGAUGCAACUAGCGAACAUCGUGUUCGACGAGAGCGGCCAUUUUGUGUGCUACGCCACCAUGCUGGGAGUGAAGAUGGUGAACCUCGCCACCAACAGAUGCGUCGCCAUGCUGGCCAAGCCCGAGAACCUGCGCCCGCUGCAUCUGGCACUGUUCCAGGGCCGCACGAACCAGUCUAAAGUGGCGUCUACAAUAGAGAUGGAGGGGUCCGAGAACCCCGCCCUGCUCACCAUCAAGACAGAUCCCACGCUGUUUUGUACGGCGUACAAGAAAAACAGAUUCUACAUGUUCUCGCGGCGCAGUCCCGACGACAUCAAGUCGCCAGACGCCGACCGAGACAUCUUCAACGAGAAGCCGUCCAAGGAGGACAUCAUCUCAGCCACCGAGGGGCAAGGUGUGCAGCGUCUGUACGAGCAGGCCGUGCUGCACACGUCGCUCGGGGACAUCCACGUGCGGCUGUUCGGAAAGGACGUGCCCAAAACGGUGGAGAAUUUCUGCGUGCACGCUCGCAACGGCUACUACAACGGACACAUCUUCCACCGCGUCAUCAAGGGCUUCAUGCUGCAGACUGGGGACCCCACCGGUACCGGCACCGGCGGCGAGAGCAUAUGGGGCGGCGAGUUCGAGGACGAGUUCCGGCCGCACCUGAAGCACGACCGCCCCUACACGCUCAGCAUGGCCAACGCCGGCCCCAACACCAACGGCAGCCAGUUCUUCAUCACGCUGGCCCCCACGCCGUGGCUAGACAACAAGCACACGGUGUUCGGGCGCGUGGUCCGCGGCAUGGAGGUGGCGCAGAACAUCGGCGCGGUGAAGACGCAUCCCGGCACCGACGCGCCGCACGACCCCGUGCAGGUGCUGUCAGUCACUGUCAAGUAGCCGUUGUCACUGUCAGGUGGCUGUUGUCGCUGUCAAUAUGGAGGGAACAUCGGUGAAGCAAUCCGGUAGCGACAAGCUGCAAGACCCCGUGCAAGUGCUGUCAGUCACUGUCAAGUAGCCGUUGUCACUGUCAGGUGGCUGUUGUCUCUGUCAAUAUGGAGGGAUCAUCGGUGGCGCAAGCGCCUGUCAAGUGGCCUGCUUGUCACUACUAGUUUUAAGU